AAUUAUUGGUGACCGCACACUCUACGGGUAUAUGAUUGUAUACCACGUGUGCAACUUGGUGUGCUGGCCAUUAUCACUAAGAAUAAUAUUCCUGGAGCGCAACUAUCUCCUACCCACUGUGCCCACAAGAGGACAUGGAGUUGUGCUUCUCAUUUUCUGGACUCUUGUUUUCGUCAGUGAGAAUCUCGCUUUCCUCAAUUUACGCAAUGAAGAUUGGUGGUUUGACCUGACCACGAUAACAGACAAGUUGGAAUUUGUCCUCUUCAUUCUCCGAUAUGUGGGUGGCUGCCUGCUCUUCAUUUUGGGUCUGAAAGCACCAGGAAUCUCUACCCUUCGCGACUAUGUUAACUUUGGAGGAACAAUUAAUAACCAAGAGGAGCAGGAUGUAAGUGACGAUGAGCUAAGACAUUGAUUGGACUUUCGAUUAGGUUUGCUCUAGUCCAAUUACUUCCCAAUGUAGUAGUUAGUUCAGAUAUUUUACAUGUGUCUUUUAAACGAGUGUUCCAAGACUGGUGAUACUUUGUCAUCAGCUGAUGAGAAUGUGAAGUGAAGGUGGUAUGUGUUUCAAGAUUACUUAAAACAGGAAAAGGAAAAAAUACUAUGCUUUUCUGCUAAUCUCCUUUUGGCCUGUUGUUAUUUGGGGACUAACUAGCAAAGGUAUUUGUGUGCAUGUUUCUUAUAUCCUGUUUCUUAAUGAGUCCUCUUACCUUUGCAUGUUUAGUUUAGUUUUCUAAUUUGAAGAAACUGAAAAAAUUCAAUGCUGCUGUAGAUGUAUGUGUUUAAAUAUAUAUAUAUAU